AUGCGGCAGUUCAAUUUCGUCACAAAAAAAAGAAAAGAAAAAAGAUGUCGUUCUGCUGAAAAUAGUGAGAAUAUCGUGGACAGGAUAUUUUCUUUCCUUCUUUCUUCCUUUCUUUCGUUCUUUCUUUCUUUUUUUAUCUUUCUUUCAACAUUUCUUUCAGCCUUUCUUUCUAUAUUUUUCUUUUUCUUUCUUUUUUCUUUCUUUCUAUAUUACUUUCUUUCUAUAUUUCUAUAUUUCUUUCUUUCUUUCUUUCUUUCUGCAUUUAUUUCAGCAUUUCUUUCUUUCUUUUUUUCGUUCUUUCAGCAUUUUUUCUUUCUUUCUUUCUUUUUUCUUUCUUUCUUUCUUUCUUUCUUUCUUUCAGUAUUUCUUAAUGUUAUUUUCCUUCUCCUACCUUUCUUCUUUCCCGUCCAACUUAUAUUUAUUAUAUUCAUUUAUUAUACCUCCCACAUUAAAUUCAGAAACCAUUUUAUUUCCUUACCACUUCCUCUCCAUCUUCUUUUUCUCUCUCCGAUAUUUCCCACUCUCUUUUCAUUUCAUAUUUUGUUCUCCAUCUAUCUUUUCCUUUCUUUUAUCAAUCUCUCUGCUUACAAUUCUCUCUUUCCAUUGUUCUACUACUUCCUGUUUUAUGUCAUUUUAACCUUCAUUUCCUCUUCAUUAUCUUUACAAUUCUUCUUCUUCUUCUUUUUCUUCUUCUUCUUCUUCUUCUUCUUCUUCUUCUUCUUUCUUUCUUUCUUUCAAUUUCUUUAUUUCUUCUUUUUUUUUUAUCUCAACGACAAAAUAAAUACAUCUUUUCUGAUAAACUUGUCACACCGCACCAAAAAGAAAAAGAAAAAAAAAACGCGAUUGGGUGUCUGA